CAUUCAGAGACACUCACACUUCACUGACUCUGCACACACACAGGGUGGACACACACUCACCACACACCUAGAAACACACACACAAGCUCAUUUAGUUAAACCUGUGAAGAUGCCUUGUGUCAGCUCUCAUCUUGACCAGAUGGUGAAGAUGCCUUGUAACUACGGCUCUGUGCUUGAUAAAAUCCUCAUGGUAGAGCAGAUCCUGUCAGAGUUCAGACUGAAUAAGGAGGACCUAAAAGAAAUUAUGGAGAGGAUGCAGCAUGAAAUGGACAGAGGACUGCGUAUAGAGACACACGAGGAGGCCAGUGUCAAAAUGCUUCCGACUUAUGUCUGCUCCACCCCUGAGGGAUCAGAGGUGGGCGAUUUCCUGGCUCUGGACCUGGGUGGUACAAACUUCCGUGUCAUGCUGGUCAUAGUGGGUGAAGAUGAGGAAAGGAGCUGGAAGGUGGAGACCAAGAACCAAAUGUACUCCAUUCCUGAAGAUGCCAUGACAGGGACUGCUGAAAUGCUGUUUGACUACAUAGCAGAGUGUAUGUCAGACUUUCUGGACAAACACCAUAUCAAGCACAAGAAGCUUCCUCUGGGUUUUACCUUCUCCUUUCCAGUACGACAUGAGGACAUUGACAAGGGUAUCCUGAUUAACUGGACUAAAGGCUUCAAGGCUUCUGGGGCAGAAGGGAACAAUAUUGUGGGUUUACUCAGAGAUGCCAUCAAGAGACGAGGGGACUUUGAGAUGGAUGUGGUUGCCAUGGUGAAUGACACAGUAGCAACCAUGAUUUCCUGUUAUUACGAGGAUCGCAGCUGUGAAGUUGGGAUGAUUGUUGGUACUGGUUGUAAUGCAUGUUACAUGGAGGAGAUGAGGACUGUGGAGUUGGUAGAAGGGGAGGAGGGCCGGAUGUGUGUGAACACUGAGUGGGGGGCGUUUGGAGACAACGGGGAGCUGGAGGAGUUCAGGCUGGAGUACGACAGAGUGGUGGAUGAGACCUCAAUUAACCCUGGACACCAGCUAUAUGAGAAGGUGAUCAGUGGGAAGUAUAUGGGUGAGUUGGUCAGGCUUGUUCUGAUGAAGCUGGUGAAUGAAGACCUGCUGUUCAAUGGUGAGGCCUCAGAGCAGCUGAAGACACGUGGCAGCUUUGAGACGCGGUUCGUCUCACAAGUGGAGAGUGACACUGGUGACAGAAAACAAAUCUACAAUAUCUUGUCCUCACUGGGUGUUCUGCCAUCAGAGCUGGACUGUGACAUUGUGCGUCUGGUCUGUGAGAGCGUUUCAACUCGCUCUGCUCACAUGUGUGGUGCGGGGCUCGCUGGUGUGAUCAACCGAAUGCGGGAGCGACGCUGCCAGGAAGCCCUUAAGAUCACAGUGGGGGUUGACGGAUCGGUCUACAAGCUGCACCCAUGUUUCCGUGACAAGUUCCACAAAAUCGUCAGGGACCUCACGCCUCACUGUGAGAUCACCUUCAUCCAGUCAGAGGAGGGGAGUGGUCGUGGAGCAGCCCUUAUCUCAGCAGUGGCCUGUAAAAUGGCUGCCUGCAUGCUGACACAAUAAAGGGAGUUGUGCUCCGAGCAGUCUCUCUGCAGGACAGUGGUAAAGUAAGCCUGAACUCUGAUCUGAGAACGCUGAUGACAUGUCAUCCAUAGAAGUGCAGCUCUGGCCUUUGUCUGAUUCUGAGGGAUGUGUGUCAGUGAACUGGACACUCAUGGCUGGAGGAUGUACUGUACAGACAAGCAGUUUGUAUUAUAGACUGUAUUUUGUAGUACUUAAGUAUUUCUGAACUGUAAGAAUUGAUUUACUGUUGCACCCAAAACAUUAGGUAGCAUGAAAGCUCAUUUAAAAACAUGCUCCUCGUGUAUCACUGCCUUUAAAUAGUGUUGGAUAGUUAGUGGAUAUUGACUGGUCCAUUUCAAAAAUGGCUGAUGUGUAAAUGAUGAUAGUGUAUUAUAAUACCAGUGCAAACUGGUAGUUGUGCAACACAAGGGUUCUUUUUGUAAAUGCUAUUGUAAACUAUUCAAAUUCAUUGCUUUGUUGUGUGGUAAUUCCUGUUUGUUAACAAUGAGAUUUUUCUUGUGUCAUAUAUUUAAAUUUUCUGUCUUCAGCUCCAUGUGUGUUAGCUGGUAGGUUGUAGCUUUUCCAUAUGUACAUGAUGAAAUGUACUUUAUGUGAAUAUGUUGAAUAACUGUAAAUAAAAUACAUUAAUUAAACUUAAAAACUGUA